CCGAGCGGAAACCUUACAUAUACAUAGCGGCGGUUCAGAGAUGAACAGUGAAUUCCUGCAGCGCUGCAUGACGUAUCGGAAGAUCAUGGCGAAGAACCACCUUUUCCUUCACAAUCACCACAUACAUGGCCGAACAACCUUUCAAGAUCUCCAUCCCUGAUGAUAAACUGAUCCUGCUCAAGAAAAAGCUCGAACUGACGACGUUUCCGGACGAACUCGAGGACGCCCAAUGGGCAUAUGGUGCUCCACUUGCUGAUGUUAAACGGAUCGUCGGGCGCUGGGCAGGUGGCUACGAUUGGCGGGAGCACGAAGCCAAGAUCAACGCCGAGUUACCCCAGUUCACGAGGGACAUCGACGUGGACGGGCAUGGCACGCUCAACAUACACUACGUGCACCAAAGCAGCACAAGGGUCAAAAAUGCCAUCCCGCUUCUCUUUGUUCAUGGAUGGCCGGGCAGCUUCUUGGAGGCCCGCAAGUUCAUUCCUCUCAUUGCAGGGGACAGCUCCGAUGGCCCUGCGUUCCACAUCGUGGCCAUCAGUCUUCCGGGCUUUGGAUUCUCACAGGCACCAAAGACGAAGGGCUUCGAUAUAGCGCAACAUGCCGAGGUGUGCCACAAGCUCAUGCUUGCGUUGGGCUACGACGAAUAUGUGACCCAAGGAGGCGACUGGGGAUAUGCGAUAACCCGAAUGAUGGGCAAGCUGUAUGGUCCCAAGCACGUCAAAGCAUGGCAUACCAAUAUGGUCUGGGAAACGGCUACUCAGUGCAACAGCGGACUGCCCCGCAGACAGUGGGAUAUUCUCUUGCCGAUUCUCCGGCUGGAUUGCUGGCGUGGAUCUACGAAAAACUGGUCACCUGGACCGACGCAUAUCCUUGGGAAGACGAUGAAGGCAAGGUCACGUCCCAUGUUCUAUCGCGCCAUUGAUAUUUCUUGCCCAACUGCUUCGCUUCGCAUCUAUUACGAAGCAGGAAAAGGGGUGCUUGAGGAUGUGUUCACCACUGCGGACCCACCUAACAUCCCGAUCGGCCUCUCUCAUUUCCCCAAAGACAUUAUCAUCUUCCCACGAAGCUGGACCCGGGCCAUUGGCGACAUCAUCUUCGAGCGAGACCAUGAAUCCGGUGGACAUUUCCCUGCCUAUGAGCGCCCGCAAGAGCUUGCUGAGGAUCUUCGGCUCAUGUUUGGGCAAGGUGGACCAGCGUUCGGUAUCGUUUCCGCGGGAAAUGGGUAUGACUGAGGAUAUCAUUUGAUGAUCUACAACUGCGGCGUCUCGCUGCUGACAAGGUAAAAGAAUAUGCGCCGAUGGAUCAAUCGGUUGCUUGUAUUUUGUGCUUGAAUACGACUCACAGAAAAUUGCAAAUAAAAGUUUGGCUCCCUCAAUGAGCUUAAGAUAAAU